AUGGCAGCUACCACCGAGGCCGCAUCGGAGAAAUUCUCGCAGUCCUCCACCAAACCCAUUGAGAACGGCAGCACCGAGCACGCGACCAACGAAGAAAACGAUUCAGCUACCAAUGGCGCUGCCGAAGAUACAGUCAAAGAGGAUGGAGAGAACACAGAGGUGGUGCAGCCGCCAGAUCAGGUGUUCCAGCUCACAAUCAAGUUGCCGCAUACACCGGGACAAACACAGAUCAUGGUCUCGAGUCAAGAGCAAGUCCAGGACAUCAGGCAAUCGAUAGUAGAUACACCGCACACGUUCCAAUAUUCGUGCUUCCAUCUCGAGCACCAAGGCAAGCGGAUCAAUGACUUUGUCGAGUUGUCCGAGGUUCCAGGCAUCGUCUCGGAUCCAGUAUGCCAACUUGUGGAGGAUCCAUACACUGAGGCACAGGCGCGGAUGCACGUUGUGCGCGUUCGAGAGUUGAUCGGUGCUGCGGGCGAUCGUACGGACUUGGUGACGGGUAUCGACGCUGGCGCAAGCUUGUGUGAUUCUGUGGAGUUGCAGGGCAGCAAGUCGGACAAGGAGGAGGCCAACCCUGUAGCUGGCUACAACCUUAAUGCAGCAGGCUCUGUCUCAACGCUCCUACCACAAUCCCGCGAACCCGCACCGAAGACCAUCAAGAACAUUUCGCUCUCGCCAUGGAAUUCACCACCGUACCACCUGCGAUCACGAGGACACCUCCUCUACCUUCUGGUAACGACAAGCGAGGGCGAACAAUUCCACAUCACAUCUCACGUUUCUGGCUUUUACGUCAACAAAUCAUCCAGCCACAAAUUCGAUCCAGCACCUCGAACAUCGCCCAGAGCCGUCAAGGCACACUCUCUCGUGAACCUGCUCGGCCAAAUCUCACCAUCAUUCGAGUCUUCUUUCCAGCGUCUGCAGGAGUACAACGGACAGAGGGAUCCUUUGGCGUCUUAUCAGUUGUCUAACAGCAUUCCGGCGGCACCAUGGAUGGUCUCUGCUUCCUCUGUCCAGCAGCACCAGGCUGACAUCACCCGCACUCAGGAGACAUACCUUCUUGGCGGUGCGGACAAUGCCGAGACUCUUCGAGACUGGAACGAGGAAUUUCAAUCGACCCGAGAGCUGGCAAAGGAGACUGUCCAAGAUCGUGUUUUCCGUGAGCGACUUACAAGCAAGCUCUUCGCAGAGUACAACGAAGCUGCUGUGCGUGGUGCGUGUCUUGUCGCGCGAGGCGAGAUCCAGCCCUUGAAUCCCACCGAGGGAAGGGACGCCCAAAUCUUUGUCUACAACAACGUUUUCUACUCGUUCGGAGCGGACGGUGUUGGUACUUUUGCGAGCGACGGCGGUGACGAAGCAGCAAGAGUGGCGACUGGAAAGGAUGUCAAAGGCGUGAGAGCUGUGAAUCAGCUGGACAUCAAGGAUCUCUUCACACCUGGCACCGUUGUCGUCGAUUAUCUGGGAAAGCGUGUUGUAGGUCAGAGUAUCGUUCCGGGUAUCUUCAAACAACGAGAGCCUGGCGAGCACCAAAUCGACUACGGUGGUGUCGAGGGCAAGGAUGUGAUUGCAACACAUGAUGCGUUCGUCCAGCCCUUCAACGAGCUCAGCAAGGCCAUGCGGGUCAAGCGACAUGCUGUGUGGGACAAAGAGUCUAAGAAGCAUGAUCUCGAGGCCAGUGUUGAGACCAAGGGACUCCUGGGAACCGAUGGGCGAAAGUACAUUUUAGACUUGUACCGAGUCACUCCGUUGGAUAUCGCCUGGCUGGAGAAUCACCGAGGCGACGACCAGACCGACGAGAACCGUUACCCGCAUCGCAUGACUGUCAUUCGGCCGGAGCUUGUGGAGUUGUACCGAGUAUCGAAACUGCGGGAUUACAUCACACAGGAUCUUGAAAAGAAGAGGAUCGAAAGGGAGGCCGAAUCCAAGACAAAAGCUGUGACCAAUGGCGAGGAAAAGACCGAUGCUGAGACGAAUGAAGAGUCCGAGAACAAAACGGACGCAACAGAGCAGAAGCCGCAGGAGUCUGUCGACUUGUCUGGCUUCUCCUUCUCGCUGAAUCCAGACGUGUUCAGUGGGCAGCAGCCGCAGACGGAGGAGGAGAAGCAGGAGUGGGCAGAAGAUGAAGCCCGAGUCCGCGAGGUUUGCGCGUAUCUGACCACAGAGGUCAUACCACGACUGGUUCGUGAUCUGCAAGAGGGCGAUGUUGGAUUCCCUAUGGAUGGGCAGAGCAUGGUCCGUGAGAUGCACAGACGAGGCGUCAAUGUCCGUUACUUGGGAGAGAUCGCGCGCCAGUGCGCAGAGAAGGGUGACAACAACAGACUGCAUGCAUUGAAGCAGCUCUGCCAGCAGGAGAUGGUCAGCCGUGCAUUCAAGCAUGUCUGCAACAAGCGAUUGCGAAGCUUGCCGCCAUGCUUUGCGCAGAGCUGUGUCGCGCACAUGCUCAAUUGCUUGUUGGGCACAGGGCUGAAUGCCUCGCCAAAGGCCGAAGUCGAGGCCGAGCUGAAGUCUUUCUACCCAGAGGCCGACUUCGACUUCGAAAAGGUCAACCCAGCAGGACUCGACAAGGAAAUCAGACGCCAGGUCGCACUGCGUUUCCGAUACGAGAUUCAAGGCGACAUCGUGCAGGACAACAAGCAACCACAGUUGCUCCGCGAGGUCGCUAAGAAGAUGGGUUUCCAACUCGAGGCCACGGAGUAUCAAUACACCAAGGAUGCUUUGUCCUCCGAGCCCGCUCUCCAGGAGAAGAAAUCUUCAGACUCACUGGUUGUUACAAAUGGAAACGAAGGCAGCAAGAAGGGAAAGAAGGGUAAGAAGGGCGAUAGUCCUUCUAACCGCAGUGUUGCAAACUCUCCUGCGCCAAUAGUUGCAACCUUCCACCCUGAGAACAUUCUCAACAUUGUGCCGAUCGUCAAAGAGGCAUCGCCACGCAGCGUGCUUGCGGAGGAAGCAUUGGAUGCCGGCCGCAUGAGCAUUCAACAAGACCAGAAGGAGCUCGGCCAGGAACUGCUUCUCGAGAGCUUAAGCCUUCACGAGCAGAUCUACGGUAUCUUGCAUCCCGAGGUCGCUCGUGUAUAUUACGCUUUGUCGACUUUGUACUAUGGCCUUGACGAGAAGUCGGCUGCAGUCGAGCUCGCAAAGAAGGCUGUUAUCGUGUCGGAGCGGACUCUGGGUAUUGAUGAUGCCGAGACUGUCCUCGCAUACCUCAAUCUGAGCUUGUUCGAGCACGCCGUUGGCAAUACUCGCCAGGCUCUGGCCUAUGUCCGCCACGCCUUGAACCUGUGGAAGGUCGUCUACGGCAUUCGCCACCCGGAUUCCAUCACGACCAUCAACAAUGCCGCAGUGAUGUUGCAAACGCUCAAGCAGUUCCGCGAAUCUCGCAUCUGGUUCGAAGCCUCCCUCGAGAUCUGCGAAGAGGUAUCCGGCAAGUCGUCGAUCAACACCGCCACGCUCCUCUUUCAGCUCGCUCAGGCUCUGGCUCUCGACCAAGACAGCAAAGCCGCCGUCGUGAAGAUGCGCGAAAGCUACAACAUAUUCAAGUCAGAGCUCGGACCGGACGAUCAAAACACCAAGGAAGCCGAAUUAUGGCUCGAGCGUUUCACCCACUCGGCCGUCAACCAGGCCAAGCAAGCGAACGCCCAUGCCAUGCUGCAGAACCGCAAGACGUUGCUCACUAAGGGUCGCAACCCUUCGCGCGUCACGUUGGGCACGAGGCCGCAGCCACCAGUUGGCCAGUCUGCUACUGAGGUCACACAGCCUGCGACGAGUACGCCUGGGGCAGGGGGCAUUGAUCAGAGAAACGUGGACGAGUUGUUGAAGUACAUCAAUGGCGAAAGCGCCAAGCAGUCGCCGAAGAAGAAGACGGCGAAUCCGAAGAGGAGACAGCAGAGGGCCUAA